UGUUAACCGGUUCGGAAUGAUGCAACAUUCACUUGAUUAAGUCAAUAUAACAUAACUAAAUCGCAUAUUAACAUCAUUACAACACACGGAUAACCAACUUUUGUCUCAGUUUCCAGCACUGAAAGACACCAUCUCCUAAGAACAGAACAAGAAACACACAGAAUACAGCCAUCAUGUCGAUGUCUAAAUGUCAGCCAGUGGCUGAGCACAUCAAUUUCCCCAAAAUGGAGGAAGCCGUGCUCCAGCACUGGAAAGACAUAGAUGCUUUCAAAACUUCAUUAAAACAGUCAGCAAAAAAGCCAAGGUAUACCUUCUAUGAUGGCCCACCAUUUGCCACAGGGUUACCUCAUUACGGUCACAUCCUGGCUGGAACUAUUAAGGAUGUAGUCACACGUUACGCCCACCAGACUGGGUACCAUGUAGAGAGGAGAUUUGGCUGGGAUUGUCACGGCCUUCCUGUGGAGUAUGAGAUAGAUAAGACACUGGGUAUUACAGGACCUGAUGAUGUCAUGAAGAUGGGUAUCGACAAGUAUAAUGCUGAGUGUCGAAAGAUUGUCAUGAGGUACUCCCAGGAGUGGCAGGAUAUAGUGACAAGACUGGGAAGGUGGAUAGACUUUGAUAAUGAUUACAAGACUAUGUAUCCAUGGUUCAUGGAGUCAAUCUGGUUUGUGUUCAAGGAGCUGUACAACAAAGGCUUUGUGUACAAGGGAGCAAAGGUGAUGCCGUACUCUACGUUGUGUAAUACUCCCCUCAGUAACUUUGAGAGUGGACAGAACUACAAAGAUGUCACUGAUCCAGCUGUGAUUGUGAGUUUCCCACUGCUGGAAAGUCCAGAGGUGAGUGCUCUGGCCUGGACAACAACACCCUGGACACUGCCCAGUAACAUGUCCCUCUGUGUCAAUGCCAAUAUGGACUACAUCAAGGUUAAAGAUAAUCAAACAAAUCGUGUCUACAUUUUGAUGGAGGCCAGACUACAAUCACUCUUCAAAUCUUCAGAAGAAUAUACUGUAUUGGAGAAAUUCAAAGGCAAGGAUUUGGUUGGGAAGAAGUACAAACCUCUGUUCAAUUAUUUUGAAUAUAUGGGGAAGGAGAAAGGUGCCUUCCGAAUCCUUUGUGAUGAUUACGUUAGUGCGGAAAGUGGCACAGGCAUCGUACACCAAGCCCCAUACUUUGGAGAGGACGAUUACCGGGUGUGUUUGAACAAUGGUAUAAUUAGCAAAGAUAGCGCCAUGAUCUGUCCGGUUGAUGCCAGUGGAAAAUUCACAGAAGAAGUUGUUGACUUCAAAGGAAUGCAUGUCAAGGAUGCUGAUAAACACAUAAUGAAAAUGUUGAAGUCCAACAAUCGUCUGGUACACCAAGGAACCAUCACCCAUAGUUAUCCAUUCUGUUGGAGGUCUGAGACACCUUUGAUCUACAAGGCUGUUCCCAGCUGGUUUGUUCGUGUUGAACAGGCCACACACAAAUUGUUAGAUAAUAAUUCUAAAACUUACUGGGUGCCAGAUUUUGUGAAAGAAAAGAGGUUUGCUAACUGGCUGAGAGAUGCACGAGAUUGGGCCAUCUCCAGGAACCGAUACUGGGGUACACCAAUACCAAUGUGGAUCAGUGAUGAUGGGCAGGAGGUUGUGUGUGUGGGGUCCAUAGAGGAACUUCACCAGCUCAGUGGGGUAAAGGUGGACGACCUUCACAGGGAAACUGUCGAUAAAAUCACUAUUCCUUCCAAGUUGGGGAAAGGACAACUGAAGCGGACCCCAGAGGUGUUUGACUGCUGGUUUGAGAGUGGCAGCAUGCCAUACGCUCAGGUCCACUACCCUUUUGAGCAUAAGAAAGACUUUGAUGAGAACUUCCCUGCUGAUUUCAUUGCAGAAGGUGUGGACCAGACCAGGGGUUGGUUUUACACCCUCCUUGUGUUGUCUACUCUGUUGUUUGACAAGCCUCCAUUCAAGAACCUGAUUGUAAAUGGCCUUGUGUUGGCAGCAGACAAACAGAAGAUGAGUAAGAGGAAGAAGAACUACCCAGAUCCUAUUGAAGUGGUCAAUAAGUUUGGUGCUGAUGCUCUUAGGUUGUACCUGUGUAACUCACCAGCAGUGAGAGCAGAGAACCUGUGUUUCCGUGAGGAGGGAGUUGAACGAGUACUCAAGGAUGUCUUCCUUCCAUGGUACAAUGCCUAUAGAUUCUUCAUGCAGAAUGCAGAAAGAUAUGAAAGGGAAGAUGGAGGCGUGUUUUUGUAUAACCCCAACAAUUUCUCUCGCCCCACAAACUACAUGGAUCGCUGGAUGCUUUCCUCGACACAGUCUCUUCUCAAAUUUGUCAAAAAAGAAAUGUCAGAAUACCACCUGUACACUGUGAUGCCAGUGAUGGUCAAGUUUGUGGGACAGCUGACCAACUGGUACGUGAGGAUGAACAGGAAACGUUUAAAGGGAGAUAGAGGUGCUGAGGACUGUCGUAUGGCACUGGAGACUCUGUUUGGUGUUUUACAUGCCAUGGUCAGAGUCAUGUCUCCCCUGAUCCCGUUCAUCACAGAACACAUGUACCAGAACCUGCAGCACUUGUUGGACCCAGCCUACACAGAGAAGUUGGAUGUCCGCAGCAUCCAUUUCCUCAUGAUCCCCAGCCCAAGAGAGGAUCUGAUAGAUACGCAGAUGGAAAAGGCAGUGUCACGCAUGCAGUCUGUCAUAGAGAUUGGUCGCCUGAUCCGUGAUAGAAAUACUCUGCCAAUGAAGUAUCCUUUGAAAGAGGUUGUAGCAAUCAAUGGUGAUGAGGAGGCAUUACGUGACAUCUCUUUCCUCAGCGAAUAUAUCAAGGAGGAGUUAAAUGUUAAAAAUAUCACAACAACCAGCGACAAGGACAAAUAUGGAGCUCAGUUGACAGCAGAACCAGACUUCAAAGCUCUUGGUGGAAAAAUCUCAGGAGAUGUCAAGAAAGUCUUUGGUGCCAUCAAAGCACUGAGCAACUCUGAACUUGAAAACUUUCUACAGACUGGUCAUAUAACUGUGAUGGGACAUAAGCUUGAGGAAGGCGAUAUGCGGCUCCGUUACAAAUUUGAUGCCAAGGAUAGCUCCACUCCUAAUUGCUAUGAUGCACAUGGAGACAAAGAAGUGUUAGUGUUACUUGAUGUGACACCAGACCAAAGCAUGCUGGACGAAGGCAUUGCUCGGGAAGUCAUCAACAGGAUACAGAGACUCAGGAGAAGGGGGAGACUAGUGCCUUCUGAUGAGAUCACAGUCUACUACCAGACAACAGACAAGCUCACGGCUAUCAUCAACAACUUCUCCGACUUCAUCUUCAGUACCAUCAAACAGCCUGUGUCACCUUACCCCGUUCCCGCAGGGUCGAAGGUUGUUGUGGAAGAAAUUGCUUGGGUAAAGAAGGAUCAAUUGAAGCUAACCAUUGUGUCGAGAUCAGGAAACAGCUCCAAGGCACCAACCUCAUUAACUGUAGUACAGCCUGCUCCACUGGUAAAGGGGGUGUCCCCUAUAUGUAACUAUAUCAAUGUACAGCUGUGUGGACUGGCUCCUCAGGAAGGUGUGUCUGGAAAUCAUGCUACAGUCCUUCUGGAAAAUCCAAAAGGCAAGACCAUGAGCAGCAGAAAAGUUCUGGUCGAUGAGGUGAAAGCUGUGUUUGGUGUCCGUGGUGUAAAAUUGGAAGUUUACAAGAACUGUGAUAUGUCCGAGGUACUCCCAAUAACUGGUGAUGUUUCCUCCCUGGCCGGUCAGACCAUAUUUGUUGCACCCAAGUGUCAGUUGGGUUCCGCACCUGUUUCCUCACCAAUGUGCCACUUUGCUAACGUGGAAAUGAAUGGUGUAAAGGGGACCUUACUUCUGGAGAACCCUAGGGGAGUGACAUUGUCAUUGAAUCAGUUGAAAUCUCAGGUAUCAUCAGUGUUUGGUCUGGAUGGACAGAAAAUUGAACUGUGUUCAACGAAAGAUGGAAAGAAAAAGUUAACAAAUGAAAAUUGCAAAGACUGUCUUUCACUUCACUCAAGUACACUGUUUGCUGUUAAAUUAUAAAACUACAUAUACAUGUUAUGUGGCUAUUUCAGAACUGAGUGUGGGGGAAAACACAGAAAAAUGACCGUUAAGAAAAUUAUUUUUGUGUGACCAUUUCUUGUGUGAAAAAUUAUUGAUCCGAGGUAUCACUCUAUAUUGAACGAUGCAUGUUGUGUUCAGAAAUUAUGAUUCAAUAUUAAAGAAUUCAAAUGCCAUAUAUACUGUAAAAAAUGCUUAAUUUGCACACCAAUGUCAAUUGCACAGGUAGUUUUUAUUGGGGGUGGAAAAUGCUGAAGAAAUGCUUCUGCCCAUAAAUUUCUCACAUCAAAAAUUUCCAUCUUCAACAAUCUGCAAGAGGGCAAGAAAUUAAAAACAGGAUAUUAAGUUUACAGCCAGACCAAUGACGAUACCAUUCUUACCAUAGAGACUACUGCAUAUUAGUAACGGAACAUAUUAAGUUAGACUUUGUGAUUCAUCAAUAUCAGCAGUCUAAUUAAUCAGAUUUUGUGAUUUGUGAGUGGUUUGAUGUCUUCUUAACUGAUUAUGAUUAAAUUAAACAAUAUCUUUUGUUUGAAAAACGACCAUGCCUUGCCAUGCUAUGGUGUCAAUAAAUAUGAUAACCAUUAUCACAUAAUAUUGAUUAUCUCUUGUAAUCUGUAUUAGUUCUCACUAACUGAAUUAUCUGUAUUUUUCUACGAAAAUAUUUGAUGGUGCAUGGUAAUUUCAUAAUCAGGUUGUCCAUUUACAAUUUAUGUGUUAAUAUCUCAGUUUUGAUAUACAUGUUCUAUGUAUGAGUUGACACAGAUCUACCAGAAAAAAUAGAUUACUCAAUAACCCUACACUACUUUAUAUACAAUCGUUUGUUUAUAAAUAAAUCAUAUUGCUGGUACAAAAACAUGAUUGGAUGUGGUGAUAACAAUUUUGAAGCAAUAUUACAGAUUGUAUUGAUUUUCUAAUUAAAACAUUGGAAUUUAA